AUGGGACGUCGUAUCCGCAUCCAGCGUAAAGGAGCGGGAGGUAUCUUCAAGAGUCACAACAAGCACCGCAAAGGAGCCUCCAAAUUGCGACCACUUGACUAUGCUGAACGUCACGGAUACAUCAAGGGACUCGUAAAGGACAUCAUCCACGACCCAGGAAGAGGAGCACCACUCGCUGUUGUUGCUUUCCGUGACCCAUACAAGUACAAGACUGUCAAGACUACAGUUGUUGCUGCCGAAGGAAUGCACACCGGUCAAUUCAUCCACUGUGGACUUAAAGGUAGGUGUAUUCGAAUUUUUAUUUCAAACCCAAAUUUUCUUUGACAAAGUUAUUGUUUUAUUUGAACAUGUUCUCGUUUUCGAAGUCUUCUUAUGUGGUUUGAGUCGAAUUCGAUUCGAGCCCCCCAAGAAGACAAUAUCAAAUAUUACCUCUUACCUCCGGUUUGGUAUAUAUCAGAAUCGGCCAUGAAGUGUAGUAACAUUCUAUCUAUCCAUUUUAAUAUUUUGUUAAAUUUUAUUUUUAAAAUUCAAUUUUGUUUUUUUCAGCUCAAGUUCAAAUCGGAAACAUCGUUCCAGUCGGACAACUUCCAGAAGGAACCACCAUCUGCAACGUUGAAAACAAAUCUGGAGAUCGUGGAGUCAUUGCCCGCGCUUCUGGUAAAUUUUAUAAAUUGAAUUUGUUCUUAUGAUCAUUCUUCAGGAAACUACGCCACCGUCAUCGCCCACAACCCAGACACCAAGAAGACCCGUAUCCGUCUUCCAUCUGGAGCCAAGAAGGUCGUUCAAUCCGCCAACAGAGCCAUGAUCGGUACGUUAUUGAAUCCAAAUUAUUCUAUCUGAACUCACAAUUUUUAGGACUUGUUGCCGGAGGAGGACGUACUGACAAGCCACUUCUCAAGGCCGGAAGAGCCUACCACAAAUACAAGGCCAAGAGAAACAGCUGGCCACGAGUGAGAGGAGUUGCCAUGAAUCCAGUUGAACAUCCACACGGAGGAGGUAACCAUCAACAUAUUGGACAUCCAUCAACAGUCAGAAGAGACGCCAGUGCUGGUAAGAAGGUGAGUUAUUACAAUUUUAGUUCAAAUACAUAAUUGUAAUUUUAAAUCUUUAGGUCGGUCUUAUCGCUGCCCGUCGUACCGGAAGAAUUCGCGGAGGAAAGCCAAUCAAGUUCACAAAGGAAGAGGCUGUCUAA